AUGGCGCCCGGGGCAGCACAGACACAAGAGUCACUGGGCCCCUCAUUUGUUGUCAUGAACCGGAAGGAGCUCGUCCCGACCCCCGACGGAGGCGCGGGGCUCCCGCGGUGGGCGGUGAACUUGGGCAAAGAUAUUGACAACCUGUGCCUGCACUUCAGUCCUCACUUCAAGGCACUGGCGGGCGUUAACACCAUUGAGUGCAGCAGCCGGAGAGCAGGUGCCUGGGAGCGGGAGCAGGUGGAGUCUGCCUUCCCCUUCGAGCCCGGAAGCGUGGUAGAGGUGUGCAUCACCUUCGACAAGGCAGAGCUGAUCAUCAAGCUGCCAAAUGGACACAUAUUCAAGUUCCCCAACCGCGUCAAAGUGGAGACCGUCGAUUACAUGGGAGCAGGAGGUGACAUCGAGAUCAAGUCUGUGUCCUUUGAAUGA